ACAGCGUGACGUCACCCAGCACACGUGAUCCAAUAUGGAGGAAGGUGGAGGGAGGUAGAAUGUUGUCGUCGGCAACAUCGCCAGGUGUACCACCUGUUUUAGUCACAUUUUAGCCCAACUACGCCUUCAAACAUCCAAGAUGGGAGGGAGAGAAUCUAAGCCGUCGUUUAUCUCCUACGAGGAGGCCAUCAAAAGAGUAACUAACGAUGAGUUAGAGCGCCUGAAGGCCGCAUUUAAGAGGUCGUCCAACUUGAACGGCCUGAUGACCAAGCCUGUGUUUAUGCGGGAAGUGCUGGGAGACUCCGUGCCAGGAAAGCUAGCCGAGCGUAUCUAUGACAUAUUUGGAGGGAACACUAAGGGCCUGAAGUUCCCGGAUCUGGUAUGUGGUCUGGUCCUGCUGACAAGGGGCAAGAGAGAGGAGAAAAUAAAGUUCAUCUUUGCUCUGUAUGCCAACGAUGCCCUGAGCCAUGUUCAGCGCAGUGACAUGGAGACCAUGGUGCUGGCAUGUGACAGUGGACAUGUGCCACAAGUCAUCAAGGACAGCUUUGCACAGAAUGAACGUUUGAUGUACGACGAGUUCCGGUGCUGGUUGCUGGCGAAUCCAGACGCCACGUCGGUGACAAGAUGGCUGCUGAACAGCGGCGGGGUCUGUGUGACCCUCACAGACGACAGCGAGACCCCAACGUUCUAUCAGACCCUGGCUGGAGUCACACAUUUGGAAGAGACAGAUAUAAUAGAGCUGGAGAAGCGUUACUGGCAGCUGAAGAGCCAGUCCAAGACGGGGAGGUUUGAUCUGGAGACGUUUACCAUCCUCAUGGUGCCUCCUGUGCCCAAGGAACUUUGUGAAGGUUUAUUCAAUGCCUUUGAUGAAAACAGAGACAAUCACAUUGACUUCAAGGAGAUCUGCUGUGGGCUGUCUGCCUGCUGCAGGGGACCACUAGCUGAGAGACAGAAAUUCUGCUUCAAAAUUUUCGACACCAACCAUGACGGGCUGCUGGACCGGGAGGAGCUUGCUGCCAUGGCUUCCAUGCUCAUCAUCAUCCAUGAGGAAAAUGUUUUUGACAUCCAUACGAGAUUUCAGUGGGAAAAUGAAGUGCAUGUGGCGGACCCUGACAUGAGUAAGACCCACUGGAAGGCUGAAGACAUUGUGAAAGACAUCCUGAAGACACAUGACACAGACCAGGAUGGCUGUAUUACUCUGGAAGAGUAUCAGAUCUGGUCCAUGGGACACAGGCUGCCCAACGAUCUCCUCAAGCUCCUAUUUCAGGUAUGCCACGUAGUGUUGGGGUUGAGACCAGCCUGGUCAGAGGAGGAGGGAGAAAUUGUCAGGGGCUGGCUGGAUCGGGAAGAGAGAAAGGGUCUAAAGAACAAGGACACCUGGUACCUGGUGUCCAUGGCCUGGUGGAAGAACUGGUGUGAAUUCACACACUACCAGGGAAGAUCCUAUAACAAUGGGUGGGAAACCUCCUCAAACAGUUCCUCAGGCAGCCUCCCACCCCACCACUUGAAUGGUUUGGCCCAUGCAUGGGAUGAGAUCAGCGAAGAGUUCUCCCAAGACGAGGCCUCCUCUGUCUCCAGAACCAGCGGCUUCUACAGCGAGAGCUCCUCCGCUGUGGAGAGCUUACGCGGGAAUGGAACCCUGAACCAUGUUGCAAACCAUGUCGGAGAUGCGGACUCAAGAAGAACCAGCUCAGUUAGCUCAGGGAGUCGAGCAAGCACCAUGUCCAGCGAAGGGAGAGGAACUCUGCCUAGAGCCAAACAUCUCGCACCCAAUCCCCUACCUCCGCAGAAUCCUGGAGCCAUUGAUAAUACUCCUCUCAUCAUACCAGAAACACGAAAGGUUAUGAUGUUGACCAAUGAGGGUGGACGUUUGAAGCGGGAUCGAAUCCUGAUCAGGGGGCGGGACUAUGAACUUCUCCCUGAGCCGGUGUGGCGAGCGUUGCAGAACUGGUACGGUGGUUCCCCUGCCCUGCCCAGAACGGUGAUUAUCCCCAGCCAUGGCGACCCCUCGGCAGAACUGGAGCUGUAUCCCCUCAGCAUACGGCUGCUGCGACACCAGGCCCCUCAGACCAGAGCAGGGGCCCCGGGGGUACAGCUGGGAGGUUUUCACUUCGGCCCUGGAGGCAUCACAGGCCCGAUGAACACCACCCCUCGCCGGUACCUGGCGUAUGUGGCAGCCUUCAGCAGGAUGACCACCCUGAAGCUGAUGUACCAGUACCUGUGUAACCGCCUGCGCAUCCGAGAGGACGAUAUGCGGCUCUGGAACUUCAAGGAGGAGAGCAAUGCUUAUCUGCUUGAAGAGGAGGACCACACUCUGGAGAUGCUGGGCAUCGAUGACAAUCAGCAGAUUCUCAUAGAAGUCCGUAACAAAGACAUGAGCUGGCCAGAGGAGAUGUCGUCUUUAGCCAACCAGAAGAAUCGUAUGGAGAAGAAGCAAGCCAUGGAAUCAGCUGGUCUGUCUAAUCUGGCUAAGAUCCUCUACCGAAACUCAGCUGCUGCAGAGAAAGGUGCCACAGGCCUGAGUAACCUCGGCAACACAUGUUUCAUGAACUCUGGUCUGCAGUGUAUCAGUAACACCCACGCUCUCACAGAGUACUUCAUCUCAGGCAGACAUCUGUAUGAGCUCAACACGAUAAACCCCCUCGGCAUGAAGGGACACAUUGCACGGAGAUACGGGGAUCUGGUACAGGAUCUAUGGAGUGGCACCUCCAAGACAAUAGCUCCACUCAAGAUGAGGUGGACAAUAGCAAAGUAUGCCCCGAGAUUCAAUGGUUUCCAACAGCAUGACUCACAAGAGCUCCUGGCCUUCCUGCUAGAUGGGCUGCAUGAAGAUCUCAACAGAGUCCAUGAGAAGCCAUAUGUUGAACUGAAGGACAGUGAUGGGAGAGCAGACGAGGAGGUCGCCAAGGAGGCAUGGGACAACCAUCUGAUGCGGAACCGCUCCAUUGUGGUGGACUUGUUCCACGGGCAGCUCAAGUCGCAGGUCAGAUGCCUACACUGCACGCACGUCAACGUUCGCUUUGACCCCUUCAACUUCAUGUCCCUCCCCCUGCCCAUGGACAACGCCAUGUAUGUGGAGGUCACAGUGAUGAAGCUGGAUGGCAGUGUUCCUGUUCGGUACGGUCUCCGCCUCAACGCAGAUGAGAAGAACCUUGUGUUGAAGAAACAUUUGGGUGAGCUGUGUGACAUUGAUGUCAGUCAGCUGUUGUUGCUGGAGACGUUUGGGGCCACAAUCAAGAGUUUCCCAUCAGAUGGGCAGCGAGUACGAUCGGUGCUUGGAGGGAACCUGUUUGCUUAUGAGAUCCCUGCAGUACAGGACAGCAGCAUGGAGGAAGAGAGUGAAGGAAAGGUGGCAGAGACGAGUGAACCCAGCAAACCUCAGUGCAAUGGAACUGUCAUGACAGGUGCAGGUGUUGCAGUACAGCCACUCCCCCCUGUAAAUAUCCCCUCCACAAAGGAUGACACUUCUCUCCAACCUGCUCUGGCUGCAAGUAACAACACUCAAAACAGACCUGCUGUUACUCUAAACAGGAGUACCAAUGGAAGCCAGCAGCUGUCCCCUAGGCAGGGCACCCUCCGACGCACCACGCACCUCCCCGCAGUAAACGGUGACGCAGGCUACACACUGAACCAACCAGGCAGCGGGAGACAUAGCCGCCAGCCGAGCAAUGCCAGCACCAGUACCACUAGUUCUGUCAACGGACAGUCCAGCUUCAAUGGCUAUGUUGUUGCAUUACACAGAAAAAUGAUCCGUAUGGAUGUGUACUUCCUGUCAUCCCAGAAGAGCCGGCCGUCCCUUUUCGGCACCCCCCUCAUCCUGCCCUGUGGAGUAUCGUCCCUCCAGCAGGACCUUUACCAAGCCAUCUGGACACAGGUCUCACGAUUGGUCAGCCCCCUGCCACCGUCCGAGGGUGGGAGGAGUAACCACGCCCAGGACUGGUCACGAUGUAAAAGAAUUACUCAAGCAGGGUGCGCUAAGCACCAAUCCUAUAACCGUGAUGAUAGCCUGGGCUAUGAGUACCCGUUUGUGCUGAAGGCUGUACAAAGAGAUGGCAUCACAUGUGCCUGGUGUCCCUGGUACAGGUUCUGUCGAGGCUGUGUGAUUGACUGUACAGAGGAGGAGUUUGCCAUGGGCAGUAGUUAUGUAGCCAUUGACUGGGACCCCACAGCACUCCACCUCAGGUAUCAGGAGUCACAGGAGAAGGUGUUUGAGGAACACGAGAGCGUAGCAGCGAGCCGGCGGGCGCAGUCGGAGCCCAUCGACCUGGACACGUGUCUGAAGGCCUUCACUAAGGAGGAGGAGCUGGGUGAGGAGGAGCGCUGGUACUGCAGUAAGUGUCAGGAACACCAGCUGGCCGCCAAGAAACUGGACAUCUGGAGAUUACCACCCAUUCUGAUUGUCCAUAUGAAGAGAUUUCAAUUCCUGAAUGGCCGCUGGUGUAAGUCCCACAAAAUUGUCAAGUUCCCCAUGAAAAACUUCGACCCCUCCCCGUUCCUGGUGCCCCGUGACCCCCAGAAGAUCCGCGAGCUGUACAGGAAAGAGCUGGAAUCCCACCGAGUACCGACGGCGUCGCAGGAGACGUCCAUGUCAUCCAGCAGUCUUCACAAGGCAGGGUCGCUCACUUCCCUGCACAGUGAGGGGUCCCCCACCAAGAGUGGCAAGGGUUCUCCCAUCCACAAUGGACUCAACUACCUCAAGAAAGCAGUGUCUCCCAGACUGAGAAGGAAGAAGAACUCCGUAAGCCCCAUGCCCAGCCCACGGAAUAGUCCCACCCCCAGCCGCAAGAGUAGUACGGCCAGCACACGCAGUAACAACAGUAACAAGGAUGUUGUGCAGGAAGGUGUUCCGUGCUAUCCUGGGUUUGCCGUUCGCUCCUCGGGGAGCAGCAGCACCAUCGACUCCACCCCCAGCGUCUCCCAGACCUCCCUCAACUCCUCCCACGACCCGUCCGCAGCCUCCGUCCACAACAACCCCCACCACAGCAGCACCUGUAGCUCCAGCACCAAGGACAGCGACAGUAGCUCACACAACGGACACAGUAUCAGUGAGGUGGAGCUGGUCAACGGGAUAGGGGAUGGGGACGGCAGCAGUACAGGCACAAAGAACAUCUCCCCCACCAGGUGUCGAACCGUAGACGCCACAGAUAACCACCCCCUGGUGCAUGUGGACAGGGAGUCAGACGAGAGCUCAGUGGACAGCCUGGACACGGAGCGCAGUGAGAGAGAGAAGGACCUGCAGAGGUGGCUGGAGGGUGCGCUGGACACUGCCCACAUCAGAUAUGACCUCUUUGCUAUAUCAGAGGUUCAUCCAGACCAGAUUGACACGGACUCGGCGUACAUGCUGUUCUACGAGCGACAGGGGAUGGAUUACAAGAAGUUCCUGCCCGACAUCCAAGGCAAGCAGCCAGUCAACACUGACCCCAUCGAUGACGAGCUAGAAAACGAGAUGAAGAAAUGUGUCAUUCAGUGAGCAGGGUACUGAGUGUUGCUGUAUGUGUCCUCCUAUUAGUUAUAUGUUUCUGUGUGUGCUGCUUGGAGACCAUGGGUAGUGAAAGUCGUUCUCCAAGGGAGGAAAGUGGGGGAAUUUUUUCUAGUUUCUGUGAGUUUUGUGGACAUUGAAGAACCUUUGAGUUGAAUCUUUGAUUUGAAAAAAUGAAGAUUCUGAUGUGGUGUAUCCAGUUUUUACAGUCCAGUUGUCAUCGUUUCCACUUCCCUUUAAACUUCCAACAUGAGAAGAUGUACAGAAGAGUUGUUUGUGGAGGUUUUUUUUGUUGUUGUUAAAAAAAGUUAUGGAAAGAGUUCUCAAAGAACAGUUUAUAUUUCAGGUUUUAAGUGAACAAUGGAAAUUUGCAGAGAUAUGGAAAAGUUGCACAAGUUGCACCAAGACGAUAUUUGAUCCACGAGCUCAGCAAACUUUAACUCUCGACUGAUAUUUAUUUGCUAUGAACCACGUAAACAAAUCAAUAUGGCUAUCAGGAUGUUGGUCUGUGAUGUAAAGAUGAAGCAAAAGUUUUGAGAAAGUUUUUAUCUGAGUUUUCUUUUACACAUGUUGUCAUUGGCUUGUUGGUAUGUGCAGCUCCGUGGCUUGUGGAAAAGUUUUUCUCCAACAGGUAGUGAGAGUAGAAAUAUACGUUCUUGCUGUUCUCUAUCGUUCACUGAAUAUUUGGUGGUUUUUACUUUGUUGUUGAUAAGAUUAAAGAGAAAGAGAUAAAUGUCAGAAAAAGUACUUAAGGAAAUGGAUUUGGAUGUAAAGAAAUCCAGGCAGGUAGAAAGAGGGAUGAAGUUUUGGUAAACAAGGACACAGUAUGUGUAUGAUGUACACUAUAUGAAUGAACAGGUCAGAGAUUUGAUGUGAUGUUUGUAUGUAUUUGAAAAUACUGAAUGUCAUUGGUCCAUGCUAUGUCCUUACCUUUGAUUGGUCCUUAACUUUUAAAUCAAAUAUCUAGGAACCAAUCAGGGGACAUCAGAUUGAAAGGGGUACAUUACUUUUAGAAAUGAACUUCCUAUCAUCAUCAUAAUGCAGAGUUUGUUAUGUGAAAAUCAGUUCCCACCAGGAGCAUGUAUGUACAUUGUGUAGACUGCUGCUUCUUUUGUCAACAGCAGAAGUAGAAAAAAUUAGUUUUUCCUUUUUUUUGUAAAAUCAAAAGUGUCAAAUAUCAGUUACAAGUUGUGCAAUACAUUUUGUUAUCUCAUAACAUCUAAUUUUCAUUCAGCUGAUAACGUUAUCAGAUCUAUUGUUGUUAGCGCUGUAAAAUACUACUUGUAAUCUUCUAAUGUAGUCAAGUUUGUUUUUUUCUGUGUGCAGGUUAUGAUGAAAACAGACUGUAAUUUAAGAAAAACAAUCUAUAGGAAAUAAAAUGUAUAAAUCUGUAAAUGCUGCGAAUGCAAAACUUGUCUGCAUGUUGAAAAAGUGCAUUGAAUUCUGUGUAUCCUCACUUGUAAAUCUCAUACAACCGACUUUUGCAGUAUUGUUGUUAAAGAAGGAAAACACCCCUUUUUCCUUGUAUAGAAAAAUUACAAAACUCAGGAAAAUUCCCAUGGGAACUAUCUGAGAGCUGUGUGUAUCAAAUCAUUAUGUCACUGUAUAAACUGCUUCUGUGCAGAAUAAUAAUCCUGGAUGCAAUGAGAUCCCCGUAGCUUCUCCACUGUUACUAUACAAGCUAGUACUAGUUCAAUGUAGAGUAUUUGCCCUUGCACUGUGUACAUGUAAUGUUAACUCUUCACAAGGCUACAACAAGAAAUACAUGUUUUUCAGGCUGCCUUGUGCUGUAUAUAUUAUGAGAUUAUUGUGUUCAUUGUUGAAAUUGCUUGCAGGUUUAUUGUCUGUGUGUUGUACAUGUGUACCGUACCAGCUGAAAUAGUAUCAUGUUAGGACGCAUCGUUACAUAUAAGGCUGAUAUAGAAUAUUGUGGAAUU